AUGUCCUGGAUAUUUGGACUGGUGAUAAACUUCCCCGGUUUUGUGGUCAAGAACUUUGACGAGAAAGCAAAAUUCUGUAUCAGACGAUACUCUGAACAAUGGAUGGCUCAGACCUAUACUCUGAUAUGGUUUUUGGCUUUGGCGUUUUUUCCAGUUGUAAUAAUGGGUGCUCUAUACUUCCGAGUCGUAUACACUCUAUGGUUCCAACGCGUGGAGCACAGCACUUUUAAUUGCCGGCAGCAGGUAAGAUUUGAGUGGUCAAUUUGCGUGUUCGACUCUGCUUGCAAUUCAACUGUCAUAUGACAUAGCCUAGCCUUACAGGUCAGCAUUUGUUUAUUGUCCUUUUUGUCAUCAGGGUGUGUUGAGAGUACGGAAGAGAGUCACUCUUAUGGUGGUCACGGUCAGUGUCAUAUUUGCUAUGUGUUGGAUGUCUGGAGCUAUCACCUACCUUGUGGCUUUCUUUUCGCCUGUCUUCGGUGCUGGUGAUGUAGCUUAUGUCACGCAAUCCACAGUUGUCAUGUUCAAUUCCGCUGUGAACCCAAUUGUGUACGCUUUGGUGAAUCAACAGUUCAGUAGGAAGAUCAAGUACAUGAUGUGCUGUGGUUGUCAAUCGAUAAUUAACGGCGUACACCCCGCCAGGGAGGAACCAAACAUGCAACAUAUCGACGAAAUUCUUCCACCGAUACAACAAACAGAAGACACCCAAUUGUAACAGACAUGAGUCUUGUUUUAAUGGGAGAGUUGUUCAGCCUUUUCAAUCUGCUCUCGGUUUGAAUAGUUCAAGACACUGGGAAGCAGCUGGUGUCGUUACAAUAGAAUUGGUGGCUUUAAACAGAGCCUGAAAAAAGCAGUUGCAUACAUUCAGCCUUUACAAACGAGAGAUAAUGUCCAUUGGGAUUUCUUAGCAUUUUGGUAUAGUGAGGAGGUUUAAGUAACCGAAAAACCUCCUUGUUAAUUUUCAGGAACUUAUCAGGUUUCCAAGGUGGGACAGAUACUUUGGGAGAGGAAGGAGAAAGCGCCAACAGGGUAUGGGGUACAGUUUUCGCGGCACAUGGUCAGUAUCCUCCUGUAAACCAGUGUCUCCAAGAUGAUGCAAAGUCUGAAAACGAAGCGGUGAUUGUUGCCCUUAAAAAAUUCCGCAAUAAUUGUGUAUUAUUUUUAAAAUCUNGUGGCUUUCUUUUCGCCUGUCUUCGGUGCUGGUGAUGUAGCUUAUGUCACGCAAUCCACAGUUGUCAUGUUCAAUUCCGCUGUGAACCCAAUUGUGUACGCUUUGGUGAAUCAACAGUUCAGUAGGAAGAUCAAGUACAUGAUGUGCUGUGGUUGUCAAUCGAUAAUUAACGGCGUACACCCCGCCAGGGAGGAACCAAACAUGCAACAUAUCGACGAAAUUCUUCCACCGAUACAACAAACAGAAGACACCCAAUUGUAACAGACAUGAGUCUUGUUUUAAUGGGAGAGUUGUUCAGCCUUUUCAAUCUGCUCUCGGUUUGAAUAGUUCAAGACACUGGGAAGCAGCUGGUGUCGUUACAAUAGAAUUGGUGGCUUUAAACAGAGCCUGAAAAAAGCAGUUGCAUACAUUCAGCCUUUACAAACGAGAGAUAAUGUCCAUUGGGAUUUCUUAGCAUUUUGGUAUAGUGAGGAGGUUUAAGUAACCGAAAAACCUCCUUGUUAAUUUUCAGGAACUUAUCAGGUUUCCAAGGUGGGACAGAUACUUUGGGAGAGGAAGGAGAAAGCGCCAACAGGGUAUGGGGUACAGUUUUCGCGGCACAUGGUCAGUAUCCUCCUGUAAACCAGUGUCUCCAAGAUGAUGCAAAGUCUGAAAACGAAGCGGUGAUUGUUGCCCUUAAAAAAUUCCGCAAUAAUUGUGUAUUAUUUUUAAAAUCUUUCAAAAAUUGUUUCAGAAUGCUCAAGACCUGAUGAAUCUGAAGAUUUCGAAUGUCUGAAAAAAGUGUAUAACAAGCAUGUAAAACACAGAAUACACAUUUUGCAAUAACCAGAAUGUAAUGGUAAUUUGAGACCACGUGUACGUCAUGUACAUUUGCAAUUGCCUCUUACAAUCAAAUUACCAGGAGUCUACAUUGACAAGAGUCUCAAUUUUGCAGGCACGUAGCCAGUAUUUUUUAGGGGGGUGCGAUUCAACAAGGAGACGGACAAAACGAGGCCGGAGGUGCAACUCUCCAGGGGUAAAAUUGGAUUGUCAGAGACUACAUUAAGAAUAUGGAUAUUUCUCAGUUUUUUUUGGAACUUCCAUCUGAUUCCUUUAGCUUUUUUCAGUUUUCUUUAAAAAGACUACUUACUUUUACAAUUUUUGAGAAUAGAAGAUGUCAAUGUCACUAAACAGAAAGAAGAAACAAUUUCAUACCUUAGCAUAGUACAAAUGCAAUUUAAUUACAACUUGUCAUGGAAUGAUCACAUUGAACACAUUUGCAGAAAGAUCAAUAAGAAUCUAGGUCUCCAGAGAUCGAUUAAAGCUUUGUUAACUCUUAGCGCUAGGUUGACCUCUUUCACUGGCUUUGGUUUACCACAUUUUUACUGUCGAAACAUCAUCUGGGGCGACCGAGGAAACUCGACAUUAGCAAGUGCUUCAGAAUAAAGCUGCCCAUAUUAUUUUAGAUCUCCCCUACGCCCAUCUCCUAGUGACACUGUAGCGAAAUUACAUUGGCAACGACUAAUGCGCUCGAGAGCUUAUGAAUCUGAUGAUUUCGAAUGUCUCAAAAAAGUGCAUAACAAGCAUGGAAAAGACAGAAUACACAUUUUUGGAAUAACCAGAAUGUAACGGUAAUUUGAGAGCACGUGUACGUCAUGUACAUUUUCAAUUGCCUCUUACAAUAAAAGAAAAGCUUCAUGUAACAGAGCAAAUAGAAUUAUUAGGAGUCUACACUGACGAGAAUCUCAACUUUGCAGGCACAUGGCCAAAAAUUUUUCGGGGGGUGCUAUUCAAAAAGGAGACGGACAAAACGAGGCCAGAGGUGCAAUUCUGUAGGGGGAAAAUUGUAUUGUUAGAGACUGCAUUAAGAAUAUGUAUAUUUUUCAAAUUUUUUGAACUUCCAUCUGAUUCCUUUAGCCUUUUCGGUUCCUUUUUUUUACAAAGACUACUUACUUUUUCAAUUUUAGAGAAUAGCAUAUGUCAAUGUUACUAAAUAGAAAGAAAAAAUAAGAAAAAAAGUUGUAAAUCCGUAUUAUUCGCUAGUUUUUCUGCUAAUCAUCAUGAUCUUUCAGUGGUGCACCAAACUCAAACCUCCUUGGGUGCUUCUUAGCAACCACCUCAGCGACUUUUUUCAGAACAUUGUGGGCUGGUUAUUUAAACCAAGUUUACACAGCGUUUAUGAAAUUCAUUGUCUUGCCCAUGUUUAA